AUACAGUAUAGUUGUGUCCUAAAUAAUAAACAAAAUUAAUGAGUUGACAAGUAAGAAUUCUAUUGAUUAAAUAACGUUUGAAAUGAAGAUUAACUAUUGUCGAGAUGAGUUAUCAGUUAUUUUAGUCAAAGAAUUUCUCAAACAAAAAUUUUUAAUGCAAAAUAAAGCUCGAUGCGAUUCUCUAUAAUCUAAUGAUCUACAUUUACAUUUUUUUAAAUUUUCUGUUUGAUCAAGAGAAACGUGGAAAAAGUUUCUAUUUAUUGUAUAAGUGCAAGAAGGAUAGUAACAUUCGUCCAUUUGAGUACGGAAGCGAAAAAAGUGGCAACUCCUUAAAGUAUAAUAAAUCCAAAUCGGAAUGCAGUUCUCAUGUCGUAGUCUACAAAACUCAUAAAUGUUAUACAACCUCGCAGUCUUCAAAAUCAAGAUGGAGUAGAACAAUUCAAAUUUUUUGUAAUGUCUGGGGAUUCUUCGAUAUUAUACUAAGUGUUUUUUUUUUUCAUUACAUUCACGGCUUUAUUUAUUUUGUAAAGAUAAUAAUGAUGGCAAAGCCUAUACUUAAUUCAGAUUCUUUGCCCAAGGCUGGUCGAGUUAAUGAAGUAUGUCGUGAAUGGCUUGUUCAUGAAGAUGGUGCGUUAGCAUACCGCUUGCAGGAUAAAGAAAUUAAAGAACAUUAUUCUGGUAAUAAAGUUCGAAAUGCUCAAGUUAGAGAAGACUUACCACGAGCUAAGAUUGAACAACAACUUGAAGAAUUGAAAUAUCACUCACUUAUACAACAGCAAGAAGAAAAAGAUGCGUUUAUUGCACGUGAGGUUGCACUAAAGCUGGAGAGAGAAGAAAGAAUUCGAGAGCGAGAACUUGAAGAAAAAAUGAAAUAUCAAUUAAAACUUGACGACGAAAGAAUACAAAUGGAAGUUGAAUUAUUAAUGCAGAGACGUUUGCAAGAAGAGAAAGAUCAGGAAAUAGCGAAAAUGAUACAAGAAGAGGAAAACUCUGCAGACUUGAACGCUAGUUUGAUUGAUGAUCAAUUCUUAAGAGAUCGAAAGCUAGCAAUGGAAGCACAAGAUGCCGAGUUUGCACGAUUGUUACAAGAAAAAGAGAAAAUGAAAGCCCGUCGUGCGCGUGAACGUGCUAGACAAAAAAAAUUGAAUCGGCAACAGACGCAAGAACUUGAAUGCCAGAUUGAUGAUGUCAAAUCCCAAAUACCGAAUGGAUUAGACUUGAUGAUUGAUAAUGAAAAAAAAUCACCUCAAGGUUCAAGUGAUUUCACUCAUCAUCCUUUUCAAUGUUUAACGCCUGAAGGUAUUCAAGUAUUAAGAAAUCAGAAGGAGGAUGUUCAGGAAUGUUCAAAUGUCGCUGCGAUAAUUGAUCCAACUUAUUAUAAAAAUAAUAACCCAAGUAGUUCGAGUAGUUCCAGUAAUAUUAUGAGUCCAUCUUAUCUGUCACCUACUUUUUCUCAUGAGCUUGAGAACGAUAAUAUUCCAUGUUAUAUGCCAAUUCAAGGUCAACGACGUAUGCAAAUUCCAUCUUCACCUCUGUUUCAUGAAGAAAAAAACAAGCGUCGAGUGAAAGAUGGUUGUAAAAAUCAAUGAACAAAAAAACAAUGAUAAUAAGGAAAUCAUGACGCGAAAAAUUCGAAUUUAUUCCAAAAAAAUUUUCGAUGUUUUCUAACAAUCUAAUGACUACUGUAGAUUAUAUUUUUAUAUCAAGACAAAAUUGGAUUUA